GCAUAAUUCACAUACUUUAAAGUCAUAUAGACAUAUUUUUCAUACAAUAAUUGAUUCUCAUGGAAUAUAAAUGAUCCAACUUUUUUUAAAAAUACAUGUAGUAUAUACAAGAUAUUUCACUAACUAUUUAUAAAAAUCUCAUAAUAAUUUAGUUUAGUUGUUUACUAAAAAGAACCUUACUUUAAUAUGGGGCAAGUACUUCGCGCAUUGUGCUAGCAAAACGGAGCAAAACGCUUCCGUCACUCCAUCUUAAGAAAGCCCUAGAAGUAGCUGGCUGGAGCAGAGAAGAAAAAGAGAGACCAGAAUGAUGCCCUAUUUGACCGAAGAUCUCAUUACAGAAAUACUUUCAAGAUUACCCACCAAGCCUCUCAUACGAUUUAAGUGCGUCUCCAAAAGAUGGAAUUCUUUGAUCUCCGAUCCUAAAUUUGCGAUUCUUCAAUUGAAAGGAGCAGCGAGAGACGGCACCAGGCUCUUCCGCGCGACUAGGCCGCCUCAAUCUCUAGACUGCGAAGGAUCAUCGUCCUAUAAGAACAACAACAAGGGUGUGCUUCGAAAGUUGAGUUAUCCUGCUGCAAUAAUGAAAGGCUCUCCUUCCCAUCUCAGAACAUGCCGGAUCCGAGGUUCUUGUAAUGGCCUGAUCGAUAUUGUGUUUUUUUCCUCUGGUCGCGAGUUCUUGUGGAAUCCGACUACCGGAGAUUAUAUUGAAUUGCCAGAGGCCCCACGCCAUAGGAAUUAUGGGCCAAUUCUCUCCGGAGUAGGUUAUAAUGUUAGCAGCGAUGAUUAUGGAGUACUGAAUGGUACCACGAAAUGGGCAAUUGUUCUUUUCCUGUACACAGUGAAGACCGGAAAGUGGAGAGAAAUUCAAGAUGUUGCUCCAGAUUUAGUUCCUUAUCUUGCAGGAAAGUCAAUUUCUUGGAAUGGGGAUAUGUUUUGGUUGGGUCAGAAACCAAAUUCGGUCCACUGUCUUGGUUCUUUUGAUCUGAAAGAGGUGAAAUUCAAAGAAAUCCAGCUGCCAUAUCCGUUACAAGGCCACAAAAGAUUUGGUGAACCAAGUUUGGGAAUAUCUUCAGGAAACUCAUUAUGUGUAUUUUGUGAAGCAAUGGAGAGGAGGUGUUUUGAGGCUUGGGCAAUGAAGGUUGACAAGGAUGGAGCAUCUUCUUGGAAUAUAUUAUUUAGUUUCCCACAUGACAAAUUUCAGCGUUACAGCCAAGCUUUAUUCCUAACAAAGGAAGGAGAGGUUGUUAUGAGGUUUGGUGGUAUAUACCUUUACAAUCCCGAGGAGAGGAAAUCUGAACAUUUUCAAGCAUAUGGUUAUAUUGAAAGUUUUGCUGAUACACUCUCAGAACAAGUGUUGUACAUUGAGAGUUUAGUUUCACCAAAUACUCCCUAGUUAAAAAGAUGGUAUAGAUUCCUAAUUACUCCAUAUUAAUUUAUGUUAGGGUAAAGCCCACGGCAUGCCCCGGAAGCGCAUCAAUUUCAUGCGAUUUGAUGCACCCUGUUGUGGCUACGUUGCAAUUUCCUUGUGGUUAUGUUACAGAUUUUUCCCGUGAAUCAAAUCACACCGCCAUCUCGGCCAAAUGCGGUUAGGGUGCAGCCGCAACACGUUUUGCAAACUGCAAUUUAAUACCAUGAUCGAUAUUUGUUACGUAAUAUUCAUCAGGUUUUAUUACUCUCUUAAUCUUAUUUUGUAAGACUCAUUUUACUUUUUGUGUGUGAAAAUCAGGAAAACCUUCUUAAAGCAUCACUAGCUUUUUGUUUGUCACUUAGCUUUGUUCUUUAUCUACCAUUUCAUCUUUUACUUUCUUUUGGUGAAUACCGUAUUUUCUUACUUUUUGCAUGUUCAAAACAUAAAACACAAUCACCACUUUAUCCUUAUUUUUAACCUGCUCCAAAUCGAAAAAAGUUUGCAUUUACUAAUUUCGUCGUGAACUAACUGGAAAACUGAAAAAUAUCUCUCUUAGUAAACAUACCCUAAACAGACCCUUAAAACUGAAAAAUAUCUCUCUUAGCGGCACGUGUUUUCCAACUCCUCAUUAUUACCAAGCGGCCCCGAAGUGGGAACCUGAAAUUUCCAACACGUUUAUGAGUUUUCAAAACGAGGAAAUCUAAAAAUCUAAACCACGAGAAGUUCCUAUCUUACCGAUCUUCAACAAUGCAUGCGACUAUUUGACAGUUGACACACAGGUAAACUUAUUUUAUAUUUCUUUCUUUGAAUUCUAAUAAUUAAUACGGAGUAAUUAGAAAUAUGCUUGGUAAUGAAGAGGAGUUGGUAAUUAGAAAAACGCUUGGUAAUUAGAAAUAUAUUUCUUUGAAGUCUAAACCUCUAAAUAUUAGGAGAUGUUUUCAAGGAACCUACUGCUAAAUGCUAAUGCUAAUGGAUUAUAAAAAUGCAAAUCCACAUAUAAAUUUAUACGGAGUAUUUCACAUUUCCAAGAAUCCAUAACAACCUCUCCUUCCUUUGUUAAGCAUAAAGUUGUACUGCUGUGAUGAUCCCAAAUUUAAUCAUGUGAGAAACUAAAUAAUAUAAAAUGCUAUAGGUACCCACAUUUUAUAUCCCAUUUGCACUGCAUAUAAAAACCCUCCCUUUUUACCAGUUUUUACCCCACCAACUUUCUUCUCCUGCUUCUCCCCUCUUUCGCCUUUUUUCCGGUUUCGAACGCAGGAGCUACAAUGGUCGGACGAAUGGAGGUCAUCCAUGGCACACCACUGCACAAGAGGCGCCCUUGCAGAACCUUUAGCCAAAAAAAAUUUUCUUUACCGGUGAAGCUCUGUUUUUUUGCCUUCGAACAUGUAGCCACCGCACAAGAGGCGCCCCUGCAGAGAUAAUUUAAGGGUUACUGGAGGAAUUGGCAGAGUAUACGAGCGGUGAAGGAUCGGUGACCUGAUGCCUCUUUUCUCUUCCACCUCUCAUCUCAGCAUUCUUCCCUUCCAGGACGCCUCUUUCUUUCUUAUUUCAUUUUUCUUAAUUUUUUGUUAUUUAUAAAAUGUUUUCAUGUGUAACAUGUGUUGUAAUGUUGGAUACUUGACUAUUUUGUGUCAUUAUUGAAUAUUUAGUCCCACUACUUGGCACACAUAACUAUUGUCCAUAACUUUGAGCAUUUU